UGACAAUGUAAACAAUACAACUCAGACUAAACGACAUCGUGUUGCUAUGGUUUAGGAAACCUCAGAACCUCACACAAAUUAAGAGUUUUAAAUAAAACUUGGUCUCACAAAUAAUUGUAGAAUUAUUUAGAAGGAGAUUGGCCUACACUAUAUAUGAUAAUUUAGCCUGAAUAAUGAAAUAAUACAGUCAAUCAGUCAAGGUAUCAAUCAAAAUCAAUCAUGCCCAUGCCUAACAUACAGUUUUGGCUGAAAACUGAAAAGUAAAGUAAGUUCUGAAAAGUAAAAGCCUUCUUUCUUCAUAAAUUAUAAACAUUUGGCUCUGCAACAAUAUAAAACUAAGUAUUAGACAUCAGGAGAUGAAAUAACUAUUUUAUAUUUAUGAAGUGGCUAUUCGGACCCAGCUACCAGAAGUGCGAGGUUGGGAUUAAAAAAAUGUUUAAAUAUUAUUGUUGGUUUUGUAAAAUAAAAUUUGGUAUCGAAUGAAAGGUAAUUGAAUGGACUAUAUGUUUGUAAACGUAAUUCUUCAGUUUAACUAAAAUAAACUACCACAAAUGACAUCCAAAUAGCAUUUAGUCAAAGUCAAAAUGGAUCCGAACACCCAUCGCUGCUAUUUGGACCCAGGUCCCUUUACACUAAAUGCUAUUCAGAUGUAUUCGGAUACCAGGUCCGAUUAGCCGCAGCCUUAAAUUUAUUAUUAGGCCUAUUUAUUUAUAUUAUAUUUAUAUAAUUUAAAAAAAAAUUCAUUUACAGUUUUUCUUUACCAUGACCAUAACCAUAGUAUAGCCAUAAAAAAAUUAAUAAUAAUACUGAAUACAAUUAUCCUUGCACUUGGUUAAUAGAUUAUAAUUACUAUAAUUUAUGUUUAUCUUAUGUCUUGUUAAUAUUAGCAGGGAUUUAAUUUAGGGUAGAGCUCUAGAGCGGGGUCUAAAUGCCUUAUUUUUAGGGUUGCCAGAGGAGGACAUUUUGAAUGUUACAUUUGAGUCGUCCCGGAUUAAUCUCAUAGUCAUAGUCAGCACAAUUUUAUUGUAAUAGCUGCCAAUUAAGUGUAUCUUACUCUUAGUGAAUCGACCAAGAAAGUCACCUUAAAAAAACAAAUUCAAUGGACGCCUUUUUCAAAAUGUCAAAAAAGCAUCAUUUAAAAAGCCUAUUGUGCAAUCAUUACCUUAUAAUCUUUAUUAAUUACAUGACAUAUUUCUUGGAGGAGCCAACUUUUCGCAGAAGAUCCUCGUUAGCAAUCACAUAUGCAUAAAACUGUUCACAGGUAAGAUUCUUUAAAAUUGUUCUUUGUAAGAAUGAUGCCCUUUACAGAGUCGAGUAAGAGUCUAUUCCUUUCCUUUGUCGAUUGAGCAUUAAUCAAGGAGAACACUAUUUCCACACUGCCAUUGUGUCCAGGGAUACAAAAGAAAAAUUCACAAAUUUUAAGUAAAUCUAAAAAGCAACAUGCAUUUGGGCAACUUUGGAAAAAUAAACUCCACUGUUCAUGCAAGAGUCUUUCAUAAAACUGUUCAUUUUUGUCUUGUACAAAUGAUUUAAGAUUGCAGUAUUGGUCAAACAAUUGCACAUCAUCUACAAUAAUACCCUUCUCUUUCAGAUACAAUAUGCAUGCCAAAAGGUCAUCAAGUUUACAGUCUUUGAUUUUAUCUAAGUACAACCAAUUAAAUCAUUGAAAUUCAUCAAAAGGUUUAACCACUUUUCUAAGUAACUAAUGCAUGCUUCAUACACCAACUUAACAUUUGCCAUAAAAUUAUUAAACUCUUCUUCUUGACCACUUUCUUAGAAUGUUAGAAUGACUAAAAUCGACUGGUUCGCAGUUUUAUUCUUUAUUUUUUCUUAAACUUUCUUUAUUAAAAUUUCCUACAAAAAUAAAAAAAAUUAAAAUCAAAUUGAAAUAGUAUAAAAUAAUUACUUGGAAUAUGCUUACAUUUUUUAUUUUUACCAACCAUGGGCUUUAAAAAUUAAUAAUUGAAUAUGAAGGGGAGAAGAUAAAUUAAAAAAUGAAAAUGCUAAUAGAGGAUCACUAGUUAAUAGCAUGUAAUUUACUCCAUUAAAAUACUAUUUUUCAGGUGAGUGGUGUUUGCUUUGAUUUUUCUCAUAAAGUCAAACAUCAAAACAACCUGAAACGGGGACUAGGUUUGGCUUUUUGAGGACAUCUUUCAAUAUGGCUAGAAUGUGAUGAAAGAGUAAGUCUAAGAGCAUUCCUCUUGACUUACAAUAUACAGCUUGGCAAUUAUACUUCUUAGUGACAUUUUACAUCACUUCAAUCUUAUUUAACGGUAAUGUAUAACUCUCUUUGGCAUUGAUUUUUUUUGUAAUAGCUUUAACAAGCAUUCCAAUGUUAAUUUUUUUGUAGAAUGUCAAUGUUCUUGACAUCAACAUAUUUUGAUAAAAAAUUUAAAUUUACUUCCCAGUUGAAUUUGUAUUUAAAUGAUUAUUCAUUUCAAAUGGUUUUAGUCACCUAUCUAUAUAUAAAGCCAAAGCACUCACUUACUGACUGAUCGACUGUGAGAUCUCAAUAAAAACUACCCCAAUGAAAGUUGAAAUUUUGCAUGCUGAUUUCUAUUAUACUCUAGGGGUGCAAUGACAAGUUUAAAAAAAUAAAAUUCAGGUUUUAAGUAGCCUAAAAUGACCAAAGGUAAAAAAAUAUAUAAAAUCAUUUGUUUAUGGAGUUUUUAAAAAUUUGUUUGUGUUUUGAUGUCAUGUUUUAUGUGUUUUACACUGCAUUUGAACAUGCCCUAUAUUAUUUUUUUCAAGAUGCACACCCAACAAGAAUAUUUACAUUUUAGUUCUCGAAACCUUGUAUCUAAAGUUAACUAUCUCCAACUUAUGUAGACACUUCUAUCUUUCAAUUAAGUUUAUUGUGGUGAAUAAGACAUCAUUUUUUCUUUAAACAGUAAAAAUAAAAAAUUCUUGAUAUUUCUGUUAAUUUUUAUAUAAAAGCCAAAUACCACUCACUCACUGACUCAUUCACAAACUCGUUCAGUCACUGAUCAUGAGAUCUCAAGAAUAACUAGUCCUGUGAAGUUGAAAUUUUGCAUGGUGAUUCCUCUAUAACUUUAGAAAUGCACUAGUAGGUUUAAAAAAAAAUUAAAAAAUUAGGCUUUUAAGUGGCCUAAAAUGACCCAAGGCCAAAACAUGGCUACUAUUAAUGAUUGGUUUUGUAAAUGUGUUUUUGAAUGUUUGUUUUGUUUAGUAAUUGGUUUUUGGUGUCAAGAUUAAUUGAGAAAAUUUUUUGCUACAUUUUUUGUUGAUGACGUUUUGCCUACUUAGUGCUCCUAGAAAACUUAGUAUUUUCAGUGUCUAACCAAAUAAUUAAGCAAUUUCGCUUUCCUUUGCGGAGUAUGUAAGAUCUGAACUUAGUCAAUGUUAAUUGUGAAUACCUGAGACAAAUUUCUUAUGACAUAAUUACGGUGGUGUAGCUAGGUUGGUGCCACCCCCUUCCAUGUAAAAAAUCUGCAAUGGGACAAAAAUGCCACCCACUUUCUAUGUCACUGCAUAGUUAAGCUUUCUGAAUCAGUUCUUCAAAACAUAAACAAAAAUUCAAGUUGAACAAAGUCAAGUCGAACAUAAAAGGGUUAAUAGUGUUGUUUACAUCCUUGACAGCUUUUCUUUCCUGAUGCUCCAGAUGGCACAGAGAAAAUGUUUUUGAUGAAUCUUUUGCUUAAUUGUGUAAGAAAAGAAAAAAAAACAUGCUAUAUGAAGCUUACUGAUGUAUAGCAUCAACUUUGGUAAGCAGAGGAAAGACAGCUCACUUUGCCUUCAAAGGGCCUCUCACAACGCCGACCUUUAGGGUGUGCAAACUGUGCGCUCGCACAGGACACCGUGGCCAUUGGGGCGCCCAGUAAAUAUUUAAAUUCCUUUAGUUUAUUAUAGUGAAGUGUGAAGUACCGCAGAAAAACUAAAGAUUCAAAAUUAAUGUGCAUGUUAUAAUGCGUAUGGUUAGAUACAUGUAUAGCAUCAUAACACAAGCUCCAUAGCCUACGUUGUAAUUGGAAAAAGAGUGGAGCCAUACUGGAACAGGGAAGGGCUUUGCCUAACGGGUGCUUCGCACAGGGCAAAAGUUUACAUAAGGCUGGCGUUGCCUCUCAACUUAAAUCAAUUUGAGACUUCUUUGAGAAUCAUUUUGAAGCGGUGUAAUACAGCUCAGGUAAUUAAAGAGUGCAACAUGGCUCACAAUCAGGGAAUAGAGGCACUGGACAGAACUCCUCAGGACAUAGAAGAAAAUUCCUUAUUUUUGGGAUGAAUAUGCUACUGGCCAAUUACUUCAGGCAGAUUCUACCUCAAAAUGCUGAUGAGGUCAAAGCCUUUCUGAAGUAUAUCCAACUAUGGCCUAAAACCCAAGUCCGAUUCUUGCAAGUGUCCAUGAGGGUUCAUCUCAAAAGCAAUAUACAGGCUGAGGAGUUCUUAAACUUCCUUCUUCAAAUAGGAUAUGGAAAUUUACAGGUAGAGGAUAGCAACAUAUAUGGACCUGGAAAUCACUGUAAAAUCUAAGCAAGUCAGUUGUCUGGUUACGUAUAAAGACGACGAGAAAAGCUCCGUCUAUCAUUUCUCUAUAAAGUGGCCACAGGGCUAGUGCCAGCCAUUCCAGCUAACACAUAUCUAACCCAGCAGAAGCCAGGUCACUUAAUCAGAGCCAGACGCUCAAUAAACACUGACUUCACCUCUGAUAACUCCAUGAGCAGUUACACUCUGAACAAUGAUAAAUGCUUCACUGUGCCUCAGUGUACACAGUUCAAUAUAAAGAAUCAUUCUUCCCAUGAACAAUAAUUGCAUGGAACCAAUUGGACAAUGCCACUGUGGACUCGACAUCAAUCGAGAAUGUCAAGGCUGCCCUGGCACCCGCUAGGAGCAGUUAGGAUAGCCGCAUCGCUUCCCAAACCGUUGCACAUAUGCCAGUACUUGGUUGCAGCAACGUAGUCUAUCAGAAUCAGAAUAUAAUUUCUUUGGGUGGUGGUUGAAUCAAAGGGCUUAAAACAAAUAAUCUGAUUGUUGUUUUGCCAACAACUCAUGACUAUCAAUACCUCAAGAGUGUAUUGAGACAGUAAUCAAUUAUUUUUUUAUAGCAGUAAAAACACUAGAUUUGACAGAAUGCAGCAAACACAUGGUAAAAUCAGUCAGCACCAGAGACAAGGGAUGUCAUCAAGGAAUGCAAAAUCCAAAACUAAAUCCUCAGUGCAUCAUCGUUCUGACAUGCUCAUGGAGAAACAGGUUAGGAUCAUCAUUUCAGUUUUAAUUGUAGGAUAAAAUCAUUUUAAUACCUUAACCUGGCUUUUGAGUCUAAUUUAACUUUGCUAGCUUGUUAAACUUGUUUUUAUUGAUGAAUCCGAGAAUAUCCAUUUCUUUGACGUGUUAUAAAUACUAUUUUAACACUUGUCAAGUUUGCAUGGCUCCCUCCAUGUGCUGGCAUUAUUUUCAACAUUAAUAAGGUGCCUGAAGCUUUUAUAAAGUAUGAGUAUCCCAUUUUACAUUUUGGUUAGUUUAUUUUAAUUUGAGGUGUAAGAUAAUUUACUUAGUUGAUUUUACUGUGACUUUCAAAGCUGAAGAUGAUGAAAGUCAGCAUGUUUGUGUGAAUUUCCCCCUAAUUCAUAGGUGCAGCAUGUACAAGAACUGCAACUUAAACUGCAGUCUGGUCUCCAGGAGCUGGAAAGGGCAACUUUGCCAUCAUUAAUACAAAAACUUCGUGUGGAGGUUGCAGAUCUGAAAGAAGAGUCACAAAAUAUGAUUCUCACUUUUCAGGUAUGAAUGUAGAAUUUUAAUUUUAAAAAUCAGAAUGCAUGCUACAUUUUGCAUUUCAGUUUUUGAAACAUUUUAAUUUUUGAUUCCUUAUGAUUUUUUUAUAAUAAUUUUUUUUAUUCUCCAAGUAUCAAAUAAUCCAUACCUUGGAAUUCUUUUCUCUAAUAAUCUAAAAUGGUCACCCCAUAUAAACAAAAUUUAAAAAAAAAGCCAAUUCCACACUUGGUUUCAUUUGAAGAAAUCUGCGUCACUGUCCAACAUCCUGAAAACGAAAUGCCUAUCUCGCACUCAUCUGUCUGCUACUAGAAAAGGGUGCGAUAAUCUGGGCCCAUACCUAAAUCAAGACAUGGACAAAAUGGAGCGAAUACAACACAAUGCAGUUCGCUUCAUCGCAAGUGACUACAAAUCCACAAAUCCUGCUUUGUCACUGACCUCUUAAAAAUAUUUGACAUCCCCUCCCUCAAAGACAGACAAGAAAAGCUCCGUCUAUCAUUUCUCUAUAAAGUGGUCACGGGGCUAGUGCCUGCCAUUCCAGCUAACACGUAUCUAACCCCGCAGAAGCCAGGUCCCUUAAUCAAAGCCAAAUGCUCAAUAAACACUGACUUCACCUCUGACAACUCCAUGAGCAGUUACAUCCGGAACAAUGAUAAAUGCUUCACUGUGCCUCUUUGUAACACAGUUCAAUAUAAAGAAUCAUUCUUCCCACAAAACAAUAAUUGCUUGGAACCAAUUGGACAAUGCAGCCAUGGACUCGAAAUAAAUAGAAAGUUUCAAGGCUGUCUUGGCACGCGCUAGGAGCAGUUAGGAUAGCCGCAUUUUUCCUAAACCGUUGCACAUAUGCCAGUACUUGGUUGCGGCAAUGUAGUCUAUCAGAAUCAGAAUAAAAUAUUUAAAUGAAUGAAGAUGACUAUGCUUUCAAAUUGCACAAAGCAAAAGAAUGUCACAGGCAGUCCCUACAGCUGAUCAAGUAAGGUGCAUUUCAUAAACUGUACUCUGUCAUAUAUAAAUAAAUAGCCUAACUUCAUGAAUUGUGUGGUUACAGGGCUUUCUUUUAUGUAUUUGCUAUAGAUAUAUUCAUCAAAGACACUUAGGAUUGAAAGCAAAUUUGUAAUAUUUUUUGACGCAUAGAAAUGUUAAAUAUAUGAUAGAUAAUAUUAACAUUACUGUCAUCUGUGAGGUCAAAAUCACACACAUUGUGAAAAUUGACUGAUGUCUCAAAAGAAAUAAAAACAGAAUUAUGCCACAAAUCAAGUUCCAGAUAGUCUUCAUAAUCAAAAUGCUUUACUAAAAGUGACUAGCUAAUUUAUUUUAAUUAACAAUACAACAGGUUCCUUUUAAUUCCUUUCAUCAGGUAGAAAUUUAUCAAAGCAAAUUAUGAAUCAAAAUUAAACUAAUAAUAUUUGUAGAGUUUUUAAAAAAAAUAUUUGCUUCUACAAACAAAAUUUACCAUAUUCACGAGAAACAUGACAUAUUUUAAAUGUUGUGUCUUAUUGUUAUUGAAAAAAAUAUUAAUCAAUGGCAAUAAUUAUAUUUCUAAGAUCUUAUAUUCUGAAUAAGAAAUUAUUAUUUUUAAGUGAAUCCAAAUUUUUUUGUUUUAACAGCUGUUUUUCGUAUUAUCAGGUGAUGGACAAAAUCAACAUUGAGUUGGCUUAUGCAAGGGCUGAAUUGAAUUCUGCACUUCAGCAAAGUAAUAGUAGCAUAAAUGAAGCUAGAAAAAGAGUCAUUUGGUUGGAGGAUAAAAUGGGGGAGCUUUGUUGCAAGAAAAUACCAAAUGUAAAUUUAAAAUAAUAAAAAUUGCAUUUUCUAAAUCAUAAAUUAUUACAUAUUAUAGAAGCAUAAUUCAAGUUCACUAAAAAAUUGUUGCUUUCUGAUUAUGUUUGUUUCAGUUUAUUAUCAUAAGGUAAUCAGUCAUGUUUUGUAUUCUCUUGUUUAUAAGAACAAUGAAAUCACCAUAGUAGCUGCUGCUGAUCAGUGUGAAAUUGACAAGAUAGUUAUUGAUGUAGAAAACCAACAGUCUACCUCUUGCUCAUUAGAAAGGAGGUUUGUUAUUUUUUCCAUAUUUGGUUGCUUUCUUUGUGAAUAUACUAUAAUUGAUAUAAAAGUAAUUUUUAAUUAGAAUACUUCAUCUUAUAGAAAAUAUUUAUUUACAUGUUGUGUUUAUUUUUAUAAUUGUUUUCUCUAUAGUAAUUUUAAAGACAAGGAAGAUGAUGAAUCCCAGUCACUUGGUAAUCAAGGACUAAAUGACUUGACUGGUGACCUUGAGCAGAAGCUGAAUGUCAAGGUUGCAGUUUUUAAUUUAAUUGGAUUUUAUUUUAAAAAAACAACUUAACCUUUAAAAAAUAAAUUGUUAUUUUAGUUCUGAUAAUACUGUAUUAAGAGGCCUACUUACCUGAUUAAUCAUUUACCUCAUGUUAAGCCUAAUGAAUAAAUAUUGGAAUAAAUUAUAUUAGCUCUUUAGAAUUCUGGAAAUCAGUUUAACAUAAAGCUAAAAAAAAAAUUAAAAAUUAAAUCAGUUUUAAAAAUCAAGGCUUUAGAACAAAAAUAAAAAUGAUUUGUGUAGUUGUCAUUAAAUUACUGUAAUCUAAAUUCAGGGCUUUAUGACAGAAGAGCGUUCUCUAAAGAUAAAUAAAGCUGAAGAUAGUCAAUCUGUCUUAGAAAAAGGAAUCAAGGACUAUUUGAAAGGAGAUGAUGAGGAAAAAGGCGAAUCAGAUCAAGAUGAUGUCAAUUGUAGAUCAGACUCUACAAUCUCUAGGGAAGAUUUAUUUAUAGACUCCAAUAAGGAAGAGAUAGUACAUGUCAGAGAUCCAAUUUAUUUAACAGAAGUAGAAGGACAGAACACAACAGUUCUGGAUCAGCUAAAUAACAAAACAGGUUGGUUAUGUUUUAUAUCAACAUUUAGUAUUUUUUUAAAACAAAUAUUUAAAAAAGUGCUGCAUUUUUGUAGUCAUAAGUCUUAGGUGGAACAGUUUAAGCAUACUUCAUGAAAAUCGGAGAUAUAUUUUGCGCAUAACACAUUGUUAUUUUAAACUGUAUAAUGUGAACCCCAAAAGUUUAGUUUUUAAAAAAGCCUUAAAAUUCCAUGUCCUGUUAUAAUGCAAUAUUUUAAUUUUAUUCUAUAAAAUAAAAAUGCAAAAUGAAUCAAUGAAAGAAAUUUUUUUUGAAAAUAAAAAUAAUGUCAAAAAAGUAUUAUAUUUAAAUGAACUAUAAUAAUAUACCAUCAUUACUUUCUUUAAGCCCAGAUACAAUGCUUGCUUGGUCACCCUAUUUUUUAGUUGCAUUUUUUGCUAUAGAUUUCUAUAAUCUAUAAUGCAGUAAUAAAAGGUAAUUCACCCUGAUGCUGUAAGCCUUUUAUCCAUUUAAGCCUUUAGUUUAGCAUGUUUUACAUGAAAAAAUAUUUUAUUUGUUUUCUAUUAUAAAACAAAUUAAUGUAUUUAUUGAUCUUGAACUUUUAGAAGGAGCAAAGCAGCAAGACUUAGCAACAGAGUACUGGCAUUCUGAGCAUCAUCGUUUUCAUUAUAGUGAGUUUGCCAAGGCCUUUACAGAUUUUGACCCAUUGAGUUAUCAUCAGGUUGGGUUAGCUGUUCCUGGCUCAUUCAUUCAGAAAAGUAAGAAUAUUUUAGCGAUAAAUUAAUUAUUUUUUUCUCAUUGUAAUUUUAAUAUUAAAUUUGUGUGUGAUAAGAUUCAAUUUGAUGAGAAUAAAUUUUGUUUAAUCUGGAGCCAUUUUACACGUCUUUUAUAAAUAAUUCAACAUUAUUACCCCCCAAAAUAUUAACAUUAAAUAAUGAAACAGUGAAUCAACUUUUACAGCAGACAUUAACACUGAAUAUAAGGAGCUGCCUUGGAGAGUAAGGAGAAAAGGAAGUGACAUCAAAGAUGUCCAUGUAAGAUUUCUUAAAAAAUAUUUUCCCAAAAAGAAUAGAUGACAAAAAGGGUAAAAAUACUUUAAUAAUACUACUAUUAGUUCUUAAUUUUCUUUGUGUCAAUGACAGUAUUUUGUUUUUCGGUUAACAACUAGCACUGUGAGUAGAAAAAUCAAUUUUCAAACAAUUAAUUACAAGUAAAUGAAGCUGUCUUAAAUAUACACCAAACACAGUUCAUUAAUUAAGCUGAGCCACUGAAUAUUUUUACUUUUAUUUGUUUUAUUUUAUUAGUAUUUCCAAUAGUACAGUUGAAUUUUAAUUAAUUUUUUCCACUUUUAACUACUGAAAUGUAGGUAGAAAUGUCCUCUAUAAAGGUAUCAAAGUAUUACCCUUUUUUUAAAAAAAAAUGAGUGGUUUAGAUAUUGAUAUCCAUUUUAUGUAGAUACUUAAAAGAAGGAAAAUAAUUGUAAACUUUUUAAAAUUAAAAACAGCGUGUGGCUUUAGAUAAGCUGGCAUCCAAGAUACAUGGACUUUAUGACAAAAUUUAUGAUGCCGCUCAGAUUUCUGUGAGAUCUUGGAAUGGGAGUAGUAACCUUUCAAAAGAAACAAUCUGUUCACAGGGAGGUAAAAUAUUAUAUUGAUAUUAGCAUUCAUUGUCAUGUAGUGCUAAUUUCCAACUUGUUUAAUUAAUUAGGAUGAUAUAGUAGAGAUUGUGUUCAAGCCAUGUGAAUGAAGUAAUAAGGAUAUGGCCUGUGAAAGUCUGAAUAAAGACAAAAGGUGAUAAAAAAGGAAUUUUCUGCUAAAAGCCUUCAUUAGCAAAUGCAAUCAAGAUAACAGAGAAUAAAAUCACAACUUAGCUUAGUAGAAGACUGAAAGUUAUUCAAAUCCCCCAGGAAAGCAUUUCUUAGGAAGCAUCUAAUAAAGCAUCAUUAAAUUAAUUAGAUAUGCUCUGCACUAAACAGCAUUUGCUCUAUAUAAUAGUUCAUAAGCCUGUUCAUUCAUGGAUAGCUGUCAUCAUUCCUCCAAUGGUGACCGCUUAUAAGCAGUCCCCAUAAAAUAAAAUGCAAGUGUGCUAAAAAAAAAUUUGUAAAAAAUAUUGAAAAAAAAAUUAUUGUGUUAGUAUAAAGACUUAAAAACGAAUAAACAUACAAUAUUAUGUAUAACACAGAUACUCGCUUCACUGGUAGAUACGGUAACCAUUUGAAAAUUUUCAUAAAUAGACAACUGCCGCUGGAAAGAAAUGUGUUGUUGCAUGUUAUGCACUGGCAUAUAUUCUUUUAAAAAUAUCAACUAACAAGAUUGCUUAAAUGCAAAAACCGAAACCAAACUGAAAGUUAAAAAUGAAUUUUGACCGUAACCAAAGCCUUAACAAAAAGCUUAACUAGACUUUCAUCGAAAGAUAUAUAACCUAAAAACUGUGAUGUGAAACAAUUUUGCAAUAAAAAAUUCAACAUUAUCAUCAUUACUUGAAUAAUUAGUAAGUAAUCCAUAAAUAAUCAUUGCAAACCUACCCUUGCAAUAAGAGUCGUUACUUGGCAGUUCGUUCAGUGUUAAUUUGUUAGUAAUUAAAGUCAGACAAACAAAUGUUUUAGUUCAGAAACAAAUGUUCCUCUCCCUUAUUUACCUUUAUAUAUGAAAACAUUUAUGAGCAUGAUCAUGAUAACUCAAAAAUGAAUGACAUGAAUGAAUGAACUGAAUAAACCUAGGGUUCUCAAAUUUUAUUUAAAGAAAAUGAAAAUAAAAAUAAUAAUCGAAAUAUUACCAUUUGCUUAUUCUUUUACUUCCACAAAACUAGCUUAAAUAUAUUUUAUUUUUGGAAAUAUCGGACAAUUUGGUCAUCAUCAUGCAGCUGUAAGCAGUGUUUGCAGAGGAAUAAUCAUAUUUCAUAACUUGACAGCAAGACGUCAAGCAAUAAGGAGUAUCCAAUUCCCAGCCCACAGACAGACAGCGUGAUAAUCUGAUUUCUGGUAGACGACUGAAAGCCUAAAUCACUUUUUCCGAAACCGAAAAUCAACAAAAAGUUAACUUUUCUGUUUCGUCCAAAACCAAAACGGUGCCGAAAUUAAAAUUUGGUUAGCCUCUAUAUGGGAAUGCAUUGUAAGAAUGAGAUAUAAUGGCCAGUUUUCAUGCUAUGCAAUCAAAUUUUGCACAAGGCCAAUUUUGCACUCAGUUUAAUGUUAACUUCCAUGAAGUUUUUUUUCUUUAUUGUCUUCUAUAAUCAAAUCAGUGUAAUCUUCUAUGACCUGCUCAUAAGAUGAUCACCCCACUUAUUCCUUGUAAUAUUUCCACAAAAAAAGUGGGCUUAUGAUGAUUAGAUCUAUAGGGCCUACACAUGGAUUGUUUUACAUUAAUUUACUAGCUCAUACCGUUAGUGGCUUUUGAUUUUGAUCAUCUAAGAAACUAUCCAAAACACCAGAACAUAACUGGAGAAAUGAAUAUCUUGCUAGAUAAAGAACAAGUUAAAUUAUAUGAUUAAGUUAACAUAAAAAGUUUAAAAUUAAUUUUUUAAUAAGUAAUCUUUAAUUUGUCUUUUUCUUGAGCUCUCAAAUUGGAGUCUGGAACCUUAGUGCCAAUUGUAAGUAAUUAUAGUUGUCAUUGUAAGGAAAAAACUUUAUCCUGAAGUUUUAUCACUAUGAAAAUUUUUAAAAAAAAUUUUUAUAUUCAACAUUGCCUGUUUUGGAUUUAAUUUUAAAUGUUACAAAUUUAAUAUACCUUUCAAAAUUUCUUUCUUCAGAAAACCAGAGUCAAAUAUCCCCAACCACUACCAAGAGAACUCUCUCGCAGUAGUAUUAAUUUGAUUAAGCAGCACAAUUUUUACCCCAAGCCGAUUCCACCUCCCCUCAUUCUACCCAUCACUAGGACUGUAAGUGGCUUGAUAGACAAUUCGAUGAUAAAAUUUUUGAUUUAGAAGAUAUGUUGUGAAUACUAUGUCAGACAAACCUAUUUUUUUUUUGCCAUGAGCUCCAUUUGUUUAAAAUGGUAAUAAAAGGGUUCUAUAUAACUUUCCCAUUCUAUACUUUGUCUACCGAUAUAUUUGGUAUAUGAAUGAAAGGUACUUUUAAAAAUUAUUUUAAUAACCAAGAAACCACCUUCUUAGUGAUAAUUUACACUAUUUACGGUGACCUUAAUAUGCAGAGCCCGAAUAAAGAGUUUCCAAGAUUUGCAAGUUCCUUUUGUAAACCUGACCCUGAUUCUCGAAAACCAGCCGAGAGAAUAGUUGAUCAGCACAAUCUGAUGGAGGAAACUAGACUGGUUUUGUAUCGAGAAAAGAUCAAAUCUACUGCUCAAGGAGCUGCACACCUUGAAAGGAAAUUCCAGAAGAUGAUUGAAAGUGAUGGAGCAACUAAUAAUAAAUCAUCAGGGUACUACUUUUUUAGCAAGAAAAUAUAUUAAAAUUAAAUGUUUUUAAGUAGGAACUUUCUGUGUUAAUGUUACAAGUGGCCGUUUAUUUUCUACUCAACAAAUGCAUCGAGUGGAAACUUUUGAUUUAUUUUAAUCUGUCUUUUGUUUUGUUUCAGCAUAAACAUUUCAAAACAUACAAUAUCUACUUACUCAUGAAAGAUUAGUAACACCUUUUACAAUUUGCUAUUUAUAGAAUUUAAGCUUUCUAGCUAUCUUUGAACCUAAGAUAUGAGCCUUUGAAUGUGAUUUUUAAAUAAAACAAAAAUAUAUAUUCACUUCCCAUAUAAAGUAAAUAGAAAGUUGCUAAUAAAAUUAGGCAAAAAUAAUUAAAUUCAAGGCAUUUGCUCCUUUAGGAGUAAAAUUUAAAAUAGUUGAAAGUAUUUGCGCUGGUGUAAUCAUAUUUUGUGUGUGACAUGAAAUUAUUAAUAUAGAAUUCUUUUAUUUUUUUAAUAUUUCAGGAAAAAAUUGCAAACAAGUUUAAAAGCGGCUGUUGCUGUUGCCAGACUACAAUCAGGUAGGAGAAUUUCAAUAUAGUCCAGUGUGAUAGUGCUUUUAGCUCAGGUUUUAUUAGUCAACCAUUCAUAUAUAUAUAUUUUAUCCCGUUAAUGUUUAUCAAUGGUUUUAUGAUUUGUACUUUUCUCAUAAAGGAAAAAGCACUUGGAACCUAAUCAAACCAGAUUCCAGAGGCAAACAGUAUCCAGGCCUUAGAUGGGAGAGGGUCAAGGUUAGUUUAAUAGUAGCAUAUAUUUUACUUUUCUGUAUGAUAAAAAUAUUACAAUUCAAUUUCACUUUCAGUUUUUGGGGCAUGCAGCAUUCAAUUCAAAUUACCCAAAAUUAUUUUGCUAGAUUGGGUAACCUACUACCUCAGGUAAUAAUAGGUGUUUAGCCAAUUUGGUCAGCCUUUUACUUGCGAUUGCAGAGUCUGGCUUACUGCAUCUAACCAAUGGCCUAGUGUGGCUUCCAAUGUGGUAGUUCAACUAUUCUGUUUGCUGAUGAUGCUGCUUUAACAUCACACACAGAAGAAGAUCUGCAGUGGUUAGUUAAUUGCCUCUCCCACGCAUGUAAAGAAUUUGGACUGAUCAUUCAACAGAAAACAAAUUUCAUGAUCCAAGAAGUACAGUCCCCUCAAAACAUAAGUAUUGAGGGCCAUAAUAUGUCUGUAGUUGAGAAUUUCCCAUACCUUGGAUCCUAUAUCUCUAGCUCACUCACUCUCUGUUGUUGAAGAGGUGAACAUCAGUAUCUCUCUUAAAACAUUUCUGUUGAUUUAAAAGUCAUUAAUACCCAAUUCUUUUGUAAAAGAUUCAUAUUUAUUUCAAUAAAUACUAAGUUUACCCCUACUGGAAAUAAAAGGGUGGCUGUUGCCAGAAAAUAUAACAACACCGAGUAACUUUUUUUUAUAUCUGAUGAGUUGGGAUCAGACAGAAAAUGUCAAAGAAAUAUUUUUGCAUUAUCAUUUAAUGUUUUCUACUUACUUUCCCUAAAUUCUUUUUAUUCAUUCUAUUAAUGGUUGAUAAAACCACGCCCCAAUAAAGAUUUUUAAGUUGGACGGUUUUGAUUAAAAAAAAAAAUCAUAAUAUAACAUUUGUAUGUUAAUUUUAUUUGAAUGUUAUUUCAGACCAUUGUCCACAUCCAUCUUCAGUCAGAGAGGGUUGAAGAAAGAAUUGAUGGUGCAAGGGUGAGAGCUGAUUUUUACAGAAAAUAGAUGGUGGAAGUGUGAGAAUGUUUUUUUUUUUAAAUAGAUUGUUUGUAAUUUAGAGAGAUGGUACAAGUGUGAGAAUUGAUGAUUACACAGAAUAAAUUGUGCAAGUGUUAGAGUCGAUUGUUACAUAGAAUAGGUGGUGGAAGUGUGAGAAUAUUUGUAACAUGUAUAAUGUGGGCAACAUCUCAUGAAUGCUUGUUACAUGCUUAUUAUGACAUUGUCUUAUGGAUACAAUUAAUUUGUGCUGCAUUUUAAAGAUUUAUUUAUAAGAUCCUCUAAAAAUUAUUCUUAUAUUUGUUUGAAAAGUCUGAAAGUGGAUGUAUUUUAUAUAAAUUUAAUUCCUGAUUUGCCCCCACUCACAUUCAUUAUUGUUUUCCACUUCAUUUUCAUCUUAACAAUAACUAUGAAUGGUAUAGACUUCAUAAAGUCUUAAUUAUAAACAAAUUAAACAAUUUUGGGGUAAGUUCUAAUCAAGUCAGCUGUAUCAUCUCUUUAAGUGACAUUAUUUAACACCGUGAAAUUAGAAGAUAUAUCAGCAAAACACAAAAGUAUGUUAACUUUGAAUCUGUCAUUUUUGACAUGUCAGCAACUUGGGCUUCUGAGAUGUGGGGAUACAAUGGUGUCUUAUGCUCUGAGAGAAAGACUACAGAAAGAUCCUGAGGACAGAGUGAGGUAUGAAGCUGCCAAAUCUCUUAUUCUCAUUGGUGAGUUCAUGUAUUGUGUACUAUCUCAGAUAAGUACAUUUAUGAACCGGUAACUGAUAAAUAGAUGCCGACAUACAUUGAUGCUUAUUAUUAUCCACAGUGUUAGUGUUUAUAAUAUUUUAGUUUCACUCUUUUCUGUUUUAAAAAAAUGUUUUUAAAAAGUGAGUGUCUUAGAAUUUGGUAAUUUUAAAUCUAUUUCCUUCAAAUGGCUUUAUUUAAAUCAUAAUUAAGAGAUUGCAUUAAUUUUUACCUUCAUCAUGAUCAAGUCUUUCUUACACAUGAAUGUAACAAAAUAAUCUCAUAUUUCUCUGUCUCAGUUCAUUUUCCUAUGACAUGGCUCUUUUCAUUUUCAGGCUGUUGGGAUGAAGAGGUGCUGGAAUGUGUCUUGAAAUAUUUGAUUCUUGGCAACACAGAAGUCAGGGCUGACUUGAUCCAAACCAUAAUCAAUGGUAAAAAUGUGCAGUAUAUUAGCAAGGUAAAGUACUUUUAUAACAAUGAAGGCUUAUGUUUUGAAAUUAUUCAUAGGAAAACAAAUUUUUAUACACAUUUAUAUUGUCAUCACACAAUUUAGAAAGUGCACAGCUGUUCAGGAACAGAAAAUAUAAAUUAAAGGACUGCAUUCAAGCUUAGUAAAUGAAUGAAUAGCAAAACGAGGUAUGUGGAAGCUUGAAUAAGAGAACAAAACAAAAAACAAGGACUUUUGGCAUAAAGCCUUUUUCAGCUAACAAUAGAAAUGAAAAUAUAACAAAGAACAGAGCACAGUAGACAACUCAAGAAGUAUCCAUUGGUGUCGCCGGAAGUGGGAACACAGGAAGCGAGAGAAUAUAAAUAUUGACACUGUGAAAAAUGAGGUCCACAAUAAUAAUGGAUCAGAAUAUCCAGGGAUACAUAAACACAUAUCAAUAAGAAAAUAGAUUACAUAUAGGGAAACAGAGAAACAUCAGUAGGAUAUUAUUUGGUUAAUAGCAUAUGGAGAUCAAUCUUUCAAUCAUUCAGUGUAGCCACAGUUUCAAGAUGCAUUUCAAAUAUUAAGUAUAUAAUCAUAAUGUAGUCACUGAUACAAUGUUUUGAAAAUACAGUUAAAUUCUCAAAUUAACAAAACUAAGAUGCUUGAGUAGAAGUAGAAAUGAGAAUUGAGAGUAAAAUAUCAAACAUUUUGCCCAGAACAGAUGGCACUACCUUCUGAGACUUGAAUUCAAAAUGUUUUGAUUCAUAAAAAAGUUAAGUUUUGUAAAUAAAUUCUCAUGAAAGAUUCAACCAAAUAUAAAAGGUUGAGUCCACUACAGACACUUUAGUCUCACUAUGAAUUUUUUUAGACUCUUCCAUCAUUUUCGGAACUUGCUAAAGUCCUGAGUCACAUCUGUCAAAACCCCGACCCAGAUGACAUGAAUUCCUUUAUUGCUGCUGUCUGUAUGGGUCAGCUGUGUAUCAAGGAUGAACACGCUCACAAAAGACUUGUUCAGGCUGUGGAGGAUUCAAAGGACACACACAUCAAAGCCCAGGUAGGUCGAAUACAUUAAUCUGUUAGCUCUUUGUCAUGGGCAACAUUAAUCAUCGCAAGGUUAGCUUAAAAACAUAUGUUUGGGAAUAUUUAUAGAACAUUGCUAAAGUAAUAAAACAUAGAUAUGCGCUCAACUUUUGUGUCUAACAUAGGGGUGACCAAACAUCCCAUUUUUACGGCAUUGUCUCAUUUUUCACGAUCGUACCCGGUGUCCCGAAAAAGUCUCUCGGGACGCCUAAAUGUCCCGUUUCUAAAACCAAACACAUUUUCAAAUCACUAAAACUUCCUAAUUUAUAAUAUAACUUCCAGUAAUAUUUUGGCUAGCUGUGUGCUAAUAUGUGUUUGCCAACCCUGCCCAUAAUGGUAAUACUGAAAGAAUCUUUUCGCUGAUGAAAAUUCAAUGGACGGACAAAAUAAAAACAAGAUGAGAGUGGAGACCCUUUCUGCAAUCCUGCAGGUUCUCUACAAUUUUGAAAUGGACUAUUCUAGUUUUGACAACUUUAUAUUUGAUAAGAAAGAGGUUUUAACAAUGGCUGGGCCAACAGCCAAAUAUCCUCAAUUUAAAUCCUAGACUAGAGAAAUUUAAUUUGUUGUGUUGUAAAAUAUGUUUUAUGUGAACAAGUAUUCACUGCAAAAUUAUUGCUUUCGUUUAUGAUAUGCCUCAGAGUUUAAAUUAAAUUACAAAAGUGAAGGUAAAUUUAAAAAGAUUUCUAGGUCUCAAAUAGUUAAAAUGAGUAUAUUUCAAUAAAUAAUUCUGGUGUAGGCCCCCGGACCCCUCUUUAGCUGGAGGGUAUCCCAACAAACCCUCCUUGGGUGUGUCCCGUUUUUUCCAGUUCAUGAUUUGGUCACCCUAGUCUAACAUAACUUGGCAUCAGUGACACAAAGCUUACCAUAUCAGCAAUAUCCAAUUUUAGCAACCUUUGUCCUGACAGCCUUGUCAGUUUCUAUUUUGUUCCAGAUUGAAUAUCAGUUUGGUAGAAAUUGAUUUGUCCAGCCUUUAUUAGAUAUUCUGGUACACAUUGUUAAUAUCAGAACUUGAUUGGUUUCAAAUUCUAUAUGUAAUAUAGCUAAGCUUUAUUCUUUUUGUAAAGACUGGGAAGUUCUAAGCCUGUAUUACAGAAGGUUCCUAUAUUUAUGAAUAAGUCCACAUGUAGAUUUGAGGCCUACCUGAAUAGGAGGCCUGCAACCUAUAACCCCACCCCACUUUUGACGAGAAGAGAGAAUUAUAAUUCAAGAAAUUACAUUCAGUAAUCUUUUCAUGGCCAUAAUAAAUUCCCCAUUACUAAGUUGUUUAGGAAAAAAGAAAUAAUAAAAUUUCUUAGAAAGUAGAUUUGAGCGAGAAAUAUGAAAGUGUGAAUAGUCUUUCUCUCCCUCAAAAUUUCCAACACAUACUAUAUGGCUUUUCAAACCUUGCGGGAUAUGUGGCUCACCUUGACUAAAUGUCACCUGGGGAAAACUCCCAAAACUGAGCCCCCUCCACACACAUCUAUAAUAUAAUGUUGGUAACAUAUAUUAACAAAAAGGGCUACCCAGGGCUUAUGCGCCCCCCCCCUCCCCAUUAUGCCACUGGUGAUACCUACUCAUAUAGGUCCCAGUAUUAACCCUUAAAUUUAUUCCUGAUUCCCUGUUUAUAAAAAGUGACAUUCAAGAAGGAUGAGUGUUACAUCUUGGAAGUUGCUUCUUUAAAAUUCUACAUUUAUAUAUAUAUUUUACAUGACCUGUGUAUUAAAAAAAAAAGAAGUAAAUAUUUAAAAUCAAACUAAAGUCUUUUUUUUUUAUGCUUCUGUAGCAAACUGGAAACAUUUCCAGUUGAUAAAUUUUUAGGUCUGUUUAACAGUCAGUUGGCAGUUCCAACUUUUGUGUGUGCUCCAUUUAUAUUUAUGUGAGACCUUAAAAAUAAAAAUCACUUUUACGUAAUAUCUGUAGCUGCUGAACAGAAAAGCAUAUGAAUACUUGGAACAGUAACAUUAAAUGACCAAACUCCAGAGUCUAGUUUUUGUGUAAACUGUGAGGCUGUAUAACUAAGCACAGCAAUCUCUUAGAAAUAUGAUCACUUAUUUAAUAAACAGUUGGGUUGUGGUUUUUAAGUUAAAUUUUCAAACAUAAAUUUUGUAUAAAAUUUAAUUUGUGAUAACAAGAUUAGUUGUCCUGGUGAGAGGUGUUAUCUAUUGCAGAUCUGAUGUCAAAUUCUAAAACAGUUCCUUCAUGACAUACCAUAUUUUUUGUCAUUCAUAAAAUCUUUUACAUAAAUUGUCUUUUUUGUCCACAAAGGCCCUUGAAAUUAUAGUAAAGCAGCUUCAUUUUACUGAUGAUAGUGUUAUACAGCACAUAGAAAAUAUGCUUGUUGAGUCGCCAGUGUGGAGCUAUCGAGCUCUAGCAUGUCAUCUGCUGGUUGACCUUGGUAAGAAAUUGUAUCUAGUAUUGUUAAGUUAUGGGAUGGUUAAAGAAUGUUUUCAGUAAUUUUUAAAAAUAUGACAGGGUUGAAUAUUUGCAGAUUUACAAAUAUUUUUGUGUUUUUGUAUUAAAAAAAAAAAUUACGUACCUCUUUUUAUCAUUGUCAUUGAUACCAAGAGCCAUUUCAGUUAUUGAAUUCAAAUCAUUCAUAAUUUUCUUAAGGUUCAAAACAUGAAUAUGUGAUUAAGCAUCAUGAAAAAAUAUAUCAACUUUUGGAAAAGAGACUUUGGGAUGACCCCAGCAUGGUAUGUCUCUGAGUUAUUAAGAAAUGACAUGAAGAAAUUAAUAUUUGAAAACAACAAAUUAUUAAACAAAUAUUUUCAAUUUAAAUUUAAAAUAAAAAUAAUACUUAUCUGAAAAUUUGAUUAUAACAGUUUAUGACAUUCAAUGUAUUUUUAGCAGAUGAGGUUCAUGUAUAGGAUUUAUGUUUAUAUUUAUUCAGGAUGUGCGUCGGGCUGCUGCUAAAUCUCUGACUGCACUUGGCAUGUUCUCUAGAGCUUGUGAUAAUGUCAUCAUGUAAGGAACUAUUUCAGGCCAUUAUUUAGAUAAUUUAUAUUAACCUUGCUUUUGUUCAUUGCUGGUUGGGUGGCUGGGUUGCGUACUAGAAAACCUUUGUAUUGCUAAUUGACCCAUUUCCUGUCAACCUAUCAAGCUGAAACUUGGCACAUAGACUUGUUUUCAAUGACAACACAUUCUAUCAAAUUUUUCAGCCCCAACCCCCAUCCCCAGCCCCCAAAAAUCAAACUUUUCAAGUGUAAGAUAUACCAAAUAUGAUGACACGGAUUUCUUGAACAACUUCGCUAAAUAAGAUUCUUAAAAUAAAAUGUCACAAGUGUGUUUGGUGCAUAAUAUUUUCUUUUGUUUUUCUGAAAUAGUUGGUGAAAUAAAUCUGCGGUGUAAAAGCAGGAGGGUUAUUAGAAUAUUUAUAUAGUUUAUAGGUGUGAAAAAAAUGUGCGCUUGCAAGCCUUGGGGGGGACCACUAAAUGAGAUUCUUAAUAAAGUGUUUCUUGUAUGCAUUUUUUGGUCAAAUUUUCAGCCCAACCCCCCCAUUGCACAAUAUUAGAUUUCAUAAAAGAUUUAUACGAAAAACUUUGUUUUUAGGGUUUCUUUAAUUUAAUGUUUGAUUUUUAAAUUUGCAGUUUUCGAUGCUUACAGAAAAUUCCCAGUUCAAGUUUUUUUUUUGGACUCUAUUUAUGUUAAAUAAAAAUUUAUUUAUGUCUAAGAAAUAGAUAAGUCAUGAGGUUACUUGACAUCAGAAGAACUCCAACUAUAAUGUCAUAAAAUGGUUGUUAGGAUAAGAAUAGGCUCAUGUUCAAAAACGUAUUGAAUACCAUAAAAAAUAAUCAAUGUUUGUCUUAAAAUUAUUUUUAUUUGAGCAUUAAAUAUUUUUUUUAAAAAUCUGUUACUAAUUAUUGACUUUUACUGUAUGUUAGUCCCACAUAAUAUUAUAAAUAGACAUGGGCACAUAUCUUUGUGUGAUUAAAUCUCACCAACAAUGUCAGACACCCAUUAUCCCUCCUGUAUGAUUUCAGAAAGCUGGAGGAUGUCAAUGAAGAAAGCCGAGCUCAAGCAGUUGUUGCAGUGGUAAGGAUGAGAGGGCCUUUGUGGCUGACGAAGCGGUUGUGUAUGAGUGGGACACUCAAUAUUUUUCAGUUACAGAUGAUUGCUACUGAAUAUUAAUUUUUUUCCAUCUAUAACAGAAUUUAAAAAAAUGACUUCCCCUUUGUUCAUAUAAUUUUUUUUUUGACAAUUGAAAUAACAUAAGCAUUUGUUUCAUGAGGUACAUGAAUGUGGCACUGAAUGCAUUAGACAUUGGAACCCUAUUCAACAGUUGUGUGAAGAUGAAAUGUUUUCCCUAAGGAAAAUAACAGCUGAACAUUUUUUAAAGAAUGCUUUAUCCUCACUAUGAAUGUUGUCAAGAAAUGGAACAAUUAGCUAUAAUAUACUACACUCUGUUUUAUUCUAUAUUUUACAGGGAACUCUGGGGAUGAAAAAUGAAAAAUUGAUUCGUUUCUUGCUGGAAAUGCUUGAACUUGACUCCAGUGAUUAUGUUCGACUAAUGGUAAGUUCAUUAUUGGUUCAUAUCUGGGUAAAUAUCAUUUUGACUCAAGUGAUUAUGGUAUGUUUAUUAUACUUUGAUAUCUGGGUAUAAUAUUAGUGAUGUAUUUGUGAGUAUUGAAAAGGCACAACUGUUGUUAACUAGAAAAAGCUUUAAAAAUUUGUCAAGAACUUAAAAAAUACACAUUUCAAAGGAUUUUUUAAAAGAUAAUUUUAUGUACGCGGUAUAAAUUUUUCAUUUAAAUAUUUGUUAAAAAAUUGACAUUUUAAUGAAAAUUUCUUUAAAAAAAUGUAAAUAUAUAUUAUUAACAUAUGUCACUUGAUGUGUCCAGAUAAUCAGAACAUUCAGAGUCCUAAAGCUUGCAGAUAGGAGGAUCAUACGUUCUCUUAAGGAAAGAGAAAAACUUGAUGGAGCACUUGGAAGGUAUGUUUGUAUGAGAGAAUAAUUUUACAUAGUGCCAGCUUAUCCACAAGAGGAGUGUGGGGGCAGAUAGUGUGAGUGGUGUAAUGUAUCCCCAGGAAGUUUUGUGCAUGCACAUUACAUGAGAUGUCUCUUUAAGUGUCCAGAGGACUAUAGCAUUACUUUAGUAUUGGCUAGAAUAUCUUUGGCCUUCUGAUAAACAAUUCUUUUAUUGAGGUAAUUGAACAAAUUAUUUUACUAUUGAGAUAAUUACUUUGAAAACAUUAUUUACAAAAUACAUUUAAAAAAAUGUAUCAGCUAACUACAAAUUAGUACUUAUUCCUUCAAUUCAAUAUUGUAAUUUAUUUUUUCUUGUUGCACACUCAUUUAAAUUUUCACACUUACCAAUAAGUGCAUGGCUAUUUAUGUAAUAUAGACAGUUUUAUUAUGGCAUCUGGGAUGUGAUUCAAUAUUUUAUUUUACAGAGAAUGUGGCAAGGCCUUGAAAGUUCUGGAUGAGUUUGUGACAGUUCAGUCAUCCAAAUUGACACAAGUUAACUAACAACUCUUGGUUGAUUUGACAGAAGUGCUUGUUUAAUAACAGGCUCAGUCAUCAUCAGUGACCCAUAUGAAAUAAAACAUUGUUAUUUGGUUCAAAAUCUAUCAAAUUGAUGGUAACAAAUUAAGGCUAUAUAAUAUUUGGGAAAGGACAUUUUAUGGCUGUUAAAAUCUUUAUAUGUUAUUAAUGCUAUACUUUUGCUGGCCUAAUUGAGUUGACAAAACAUUGGUUUCUUGUUUGCUUUAAAUAGAUUUUAAGAUGUGUUUUCGUCAUUCUUUUUUUAUUAGACUUUUGUUAAUAUAUUAGAAACACAUCAAAGUAUCAAACUGUGAUAUUUUUUUUGUAAAUAGAGUUAAAUAGAGAUAUAUAUAUAUAUAUUUGUGAUACAAGCUUUUUUCAUAUACAGUGGUACCUCAACAUACGAGUACCCCAACAUACGCGCAAGGUUACAGAACGAAUUAAACUUGUAUCUCGAGGUAUAUAUUCAAUAUAUUUAAUGCAACAAGCUAUUGUAAAUUUUGCAAAUCUUCCAGUAUAUUAGGCUGCCUAUGCAUUUUGGCAUCAACAAAGUGAUCUACUUGUGUCGUGUGUUACAAAAUUAAUCCUUCUGAUUAUUUAUUGUGAUUUAUUAUUAAUUUUUUUUGGUUGCUCAAUAAUCAGCAUUAUAGUAUUAUAAUUUUAAAAAAGAAAAUAUUGUGAAAUUUUAAAAAUGACUGCUGUUGCACAUAGUACCAUUACCAUAAUUUUUGGCAUAUUUUUACAUUUGUGAAAGACUUUACUUUUAUGGCAUGUAUCAAAAUGAAAAGCAAAGAGCUAGCAUGAGUAUUGGAUUCUGAACCAAUCAAUAAUAUCAAUGGAUUACUUGUAUGAGUCAAAGGUAUGCUGUAAUUUUGAUAGUAAAUUGUAGCUUUGUUGAAACAGUUAUUUUGAAAGCAAUUGCAUGUUCCAUCAUGGGAAAAUCUAAACUUUUAGGAUACAACUUUCUUGUUUAAAAAAAAAAAAAUUCAGCAAGUCGUAGUUUGUCACAAAUUGUCCCAAUGAUAAGCAGCCAGGAACUGUAAAAUAUAUUUAAUUGCACUAAAUUAUAAAGCUCAGUUGCUUUAUUAUACAAGUUUUCAAGUCACGGCCACUGUUAAAUAAAAAGUGGCCGUUACCAAGAUAUAUUGAAAAUAGUCUUUUAAAUGUAACAUUUUGGAAAUGAAAACAACAAAAACGUGAUUUUUAUAUAUAUGUUAAUAGUAAUUAACUAUUUUAUGUCAUGAAUGAAAUUGUAUCUCAAACAUUAAGCCCCCC